GUUUAGGGUUCUCGAUGGAGAGUCCUCCCGCUCCGGCAGCUCCUGGCAAUGGCGCUGCGUCGCUGCUGUCCCAGAUCCUGCUCCAGAGCGUGUCGCCGGUGGUCAUGGUGCUUGCGUCGCCCCGCGCGGAGGCAGCAUGCCGGAAGAACAAUCUCGGAUUCGUGGAUCUCCUGCGCCCCUUCUGUUUUCUCGACCGCGUCAAUGUACCCGUGCGGACAGCGAGCGAGACGCCAUACCGGCUGCAAGAGUUUCGACUCCGCCUCUUCUACGCUUCGGAGAUUCGAGCUACGCCAAUUGAGCUAGCCGAGCAGCAAUUACUUGAUGUGGUGAAUGAGGCUGCUCUGGACGAGAUCCAAGGUGACGAUCUUCGUGCUCAGAGCAGUAUUGAAUCCGUCCACAGAGCGAUGCAGUCGGAGUCAACACUGUCUUGGUUCCAAAAGUACAGUACCGCGUUUGCCCGGACUCUGGCAUUCUCUGAACACGAAGCUUUUGAUCACCCUGUAGCUUGUCUGCUUGUUGUUUCUUCAAACGACGAGAACCCCCUCGACGUCUUUGCUAGCCUGUCAGACGUUACCAAUCUGCCAUCGUUGCUCAAGGAUGGUGCCAUGGAUCCAAGAAUCCUCAGGCACUACGUUGUAUUGCACGACAACCAGGAUGGGCCUUCUGAUCGCGCAAAUGAGAUGCUUCAGAAUUUUGCUGGUACACUAGAUGUUAACGACUGCAGCUUAAUCCGGAUAAAUUCUUCUCCACUGGAUAAUGGUUCCCCUGUGGAAGAUAUCUGGAGUUCUAGCAUGCCGCGUUAUAAGAUAUCAGACAAUCUUAAAACUGGAUGCUGUCUUCAAAUUAAUGAUGUCGAUGAGAUUCAAAGGUUUGUGAUCGAUUUGUGCCAGAAGCACAUUAUACCGUAUAUGGAACAGAAAGUUCGUUACUUGAAUCAGCAGGUGGCAGCUACACGACGAGGCUUAAAGAAUCAAUUAAAAAAUCUUUGGUGGCGGAAAAAAGACUCCGAAUACCCGGAUACUCCUUCAGGGAAUGUAUAUACUUACAAUUCGGUGGAAUCACAAAUUCGUGUUCUUGCGGAUUACUCUUUUAUGUUGCAAGAUUACGAUCUGGCGGUAUCAAACUAUCGCUUGCUCUCGAGCGAUUACAAAGCUGAUAGAGCGCUGAAAAGAUAUGCCGGCGUCAUGGAGAUGCUUGGAAUUUGUUUAUGCCUGUUGGACCAAUCAAGAAAAGAAGCUGAUAACUCCUUAGAGACAGCCUACAUAACAUAUCAAACUUGUGGCCCACCCUCCAUAAGGUACGCAACGCGCACAGCUUUGUGGUGGGCUGAAGUGCAUAAAACGAGAGCUCAAUAUUCCGAAGCUGCAUCCGUCCUCUUUCGAGCGGGCACAGAGAUGGACAAGGAUGCUACUUUGCGAGCAGGAGUAUUGUUAGAGCAGUCAGCAUACUGUUUCUUGCGUUGUGUCCCACCUAUGCUGCGGAAGUACGGUUUUCAUCUUGUUUUAGCAGGUAUCCGGUACCAUAUGAGCAGCCAGAGAAAACACGCGCUACGUGCCUAUUCGAGAGCCUCAGCUGUAUACGAUGGGCAAGGCUGGAAUUUUAUUGGCGAUCACGUUAAUGUCUACCUUGGCCGGAUAUCCUUGCUUCUUGGGAAGGUGGAUGCUGCUGUUCAACAUUUUAUGAACAUCAUGGCUUGCAGUCACCAGUCUGCUCCGACACAAGCCCAGUUCUUGAAAGAAUUUCUCAAUGCAGUCCAGAAUUUGGAAACGAAAGAUGAGGUGUUACGAGUAAGGUUGCCUGCAAUAAGCUCCGAUGACGUGUAUGUACGCUUUGAAGAUCACAGGACCUAUGCUUCCGCCAUGGCUGCCAGUGUACCGGAAGCGGAAUGGGCCCUUUUAGAGGAGGAGCUUGUUCCACCGUCCUCAGGAGCACCAAUUACGACUUGGUUGGAUGCAGGGAAAUCUAACAAGAAAAUCCAGGAUUUUAACGUGUGCGUUUCAGGAGAGGAUGUUUGUGUCUUUCUUAAGGUUAGCAAUCCGUUGCAAAUCUCCAUUGAAGUCUUUCUUAUGGAGCUUAUUUGCGAGUUUCAACCAAAAAAGAGAGGACCAGAAGAGAUGACGAGCUCAAAACCUGAAAACUCCUCGUUGAUUCUCUCAAACGAAUCAUUUUCUCUCAAGGGUGGAGAAGAGGUGGAGGUUUGCUUGAAGACGAAGCCUAUCGAAGAAGGUUUGCUGCAGGUAGUGGGAGUUAAAUGGGGCCUUUGUGGAAUCGUGCAAUGUCGUUAUGACUUUCCAGUGCAAGGGAAAUCAAAAUCAUCAAAGCCAAGAAAGUCUAAAAUAGAUGUACCAUUCCAUAAGCGGUUGAAGUUCAACGUAGUGGCGCACAUGCCAAGGCUGGAGAUAUCAAUGCAUGAGCUACCACCAAAGAUUAACAGAGGAGAAGUUCGACGUGUUGUAUUAGAGAUUCAAAAUCCGUCUCAGGCCUCUAUUAAGAAUAUCAAACUUAAAACCAGCCAUCCUGCGUUUUUAAUGUUUGGCGAACAAGGAGAUUUGGACCUUGAAUUUCCAAAUUGUUUGGAAAUGCGAAAUGAUGGGCAGCCAAAAGACAUCCAAUGUGAACACGGUAGCUCCAUUUUUCACUUUCCGGAGAAAACUUUUUUAGAAGGAGUGUCAACAUUCCUAUGGCCGUUAUGGUUGCAUGCAAGCCACGAUGGAAAGGUGUCAUUCAAGACAGUACUCUACUUUGAGCCGUGUGAAGACACUACCAGCCUUAAGUAUCGGACUUUGCGAAUGGUCCAUAGUGUUCAGGUGAUUCCGUCGCUACAAGUCUCCGUGGGAAUAUCGUCCUGCCCAGUGAAGCUGGACCAGUACCUUUUACGAAUGGACGUAGCAAAUGUACAUCCUUCCGACAGUUUCUGGUUGCGACAGGCAUCGAGUAUCGGAGAUGAUUGGUGCUUCUCUGCCGUUCAGCCGCAGGUGUUGGAGCAAGCAGAUAAUGAUGAAACACUCAAGGCUGCAUUCCUGUCAUCUUCCGUCUCUCCAUCUCAGUUGCUGCCUGCUACGCAAUCAUCCUCCUUUUUCUUCCAACUCCGGAGGGAUGUGGAAACAAAGCAUGGAGGUGGUACCGUAAGACUUGGUCCUCCUAGUAGCGAAGAGCCUCUAAUCAACAUUAGUUCAGGUCCACUUUCUUAUUUUCACCAGCAAGAGAAGAUUGUACAGAUAAAAACUUCUCAGCAGGACGCUAGAUAUCAAACUGUCGAUAUAGUUUUGAUCACUGGGCAACAAGACGACAUGAUAACCGAGAAAGCCGCGGGUAGUCAGCGGGAUUUUCGUAUUGCAAGCCAUCACGUCUGUCAUUGCAGGGUGGAAGGCUCUCAACCAUUGGUUUGGGCUAUGGAGGGACCGAGGUGUUUAGCCCACGACUUCGCUACGCAAGGUCUAUGCGAAGUCCCGGUCUUCUUGGCUCUUAGAAACUGCUCGCAGCUGACAGCAUCCGUGAAAGUGGAGACUUGUGACUGGAAUGACACAGGCGAUGGUGGUGCCAAAGCUGGGUGGCGAAGUGCCUCGCCUCCACCAACUUUAGAGGCUCUCGCUUCGUCAGGAACAGAAUCCUCAGCAAGGAGUGACAGGAAGCUUGCAUCAUCCGGACCUUACGUAUGGUGCUGCUCCAAAUCCGUGACAUCGCUGGAACUGGCACCCGGAGCUUCCACCAGAGUGCCGCUAUGCGUCGGAGUGCUAGCGCCGGGAAUGUACGACUUGAGCAACUAUAGGAUCUCGUGGAGAUUGCUAGAGGCGGGGAAGCAACAGGCAGAGACAGUGGUAGUGGCCCCGGAGAAGGCAAAAAGGAGCAACUUUGUGGCGGCUCCAGCAAUUAGAGCAGGCGACUAUGCCGAGGAAGCAGCACUAUCACCGGUCGAUCGUAGCGAUGGUGGUGCCAGUAACACGGAUAGAGCAGCACAAGUAGGAGAAGGAGCCGGGCACUCUUUCUUAUUCACAGUCAUCCAAAUGCCGAUGGAGCUGCUUUAAGAAGACGGAAGAAAGAAAGUUGGAGCGUUGGAGCGUUUCUUCACUCUCCUCCAAACAUAUCGACGUGUUUUUGCCGCUCCUCCAUGGACCUGAGCACGUCAUACACUUGUUCUUCUUCGAUCUUAAACUCCUCGGCAAGCUUCGCAGCGGUGUAGAGCUUUGGAUCUUUCUUGCGCAGCGUCAAGAGCUUCCAUUUCUCCUGGUCGGACAGCCGGGUAGGCUUGAGCGGCCAAGCCAUCCUCGUCUUGUACUGGAACCGGGCCUUGAUCUCCACUCCAGGAAUCCUGUGCUCUUUGAGAAACUCGAGCUUCUCUCGUAA